CAAAACUUGUUAUCAGAAUGUGCCUUGUUUAUCAACUUCGGUUUUCACAAUGACACUUCUUAUGAAAAUUCUGUUGUGGUCGACGCUACUCGUCACGGACUGGAAAGUUAUUCUGGCAGUCUCUCAAUUCGAAAAUACAGUAGAUCCAGUUAUCAAACAGUCACUAAUAUGUCAUCCACGAGUCCCAGGCCUCAGUGUUGCAGUCGUCAAAGACAACCAAGUACUUCUUUCCAAGGGGUACGGACUGGCUGACCUACAAAGGCGAACACCUGUCACAGAAUUCACCUUAUUCCGACUUGCGUCAAUUACCAAGGCAGUGUCUGCAACAUUACUGGCUAAACAACUAGACGAAAGUUCUAACUACAACCUUUACACACAUUUAACUAGUUUCUACGAUAGUAGCUUCGAAUUUACAAGCACGAUCAGAACCGAGAAUGCCAACAUCCGGGAUAUUUUGUCACAUGCACUCGCCAUACCUAAACACGAUUUCCUACGGUUGAAUCCAAAACUCAACAGAGCCAAUUUUCCAAGUGUUUUGAAACAUCUGAAGUCUAUUUAUCCUUUCCGAGAGACAUACACGUACACAAAUAUUGCCUUUGGUCUUUCUACAACGAUUUCCGAAAAAAUAGGCGGAAAACCAUGGGAAGAUCUGGUUCGACAGGAGCUAUUUACACCCCUAGGGAUGCAUAACUCUUCUUUCCUUUCACAAACUAAGAGCGGACAUUACGUAGCCAAGGGGUAUAUCGAUGACAUCACAAAAUCGUCGACUAUUCACGUUCCUUCUAAUGUUUAUGACUCCUGGGGGAAAAUAUGCAGUUCAAUAGGCUUGAUGAGCAGUGCUCACGAUAUGGCUAAAUGGAUGAAAUUUCAUCUAAGUGGCGGAUUAAACGGACAGGGUCAUCGUAUCAUGUCAUCAGCAACGCUAAGAUCAACAUAUAAGGCCAGAAAUUCCAUAUCAACCACUGGAAUCAGUAAAUAUUUUUCUAAACCCAAGGUUCCCCACACCACAAGCGAAGACAACUAUGCACUUGGGUGGAGAAAUGGACACUACAGAGAGUAUAAGAUUUUACGUCACACAGGAACUAUUAUAGGAUUCUCGUCAUUGAUAACCCUCAUACCGGAUAUGAACAUAGGAAUAUUUACAACAAUGAAUGGACAAGAUUCAGACUUCAUAUAUAGAACUCUUCUACACAACUACUUGGCAGACGUCGCAUUGGAAGAGGAAGCAUGGCUCAAUUCUAGUACUAUAUGUUCUUUUCCAGAACCCUGGUUCUCGUUAAUUUCAAAAACAUCGCAUCCAAUCAACAAAUCUAACAAACUUUCGAGGUCAACUUCGCAAUAUGUCGGACAUUAUCAAAACGAAGCAUACGGAGAUUUGCAUAUUUUCCAAAACUCUUCCACUGGGUUCAUAGACUUGAAAUACGGUAUUGCCACUUGGAACUUGUAUCCCAAAAGUUCUCACGAUCAGUUUACUGCCGAGGGAUAUGGAAUUCUGCAACAUUUGUCCCCGUACAAUCUUCACAGCAUCGCAUUUCAUCAAGGCUCCCACAGCGGCGUUUCCAUUGCCAGUGUGGAAGUCACCAGUUUUGAACCCAAAGACCCUCCUAUUUUCAACAAAGUCUCAAGUGUGGUUCCCUCAAACAUUAUUUUUGGAAAGUAAAAUUUAGAAAAGUUUCA